UACUAAGUUAAAUAUAAUUAGGUUUAUUAAAAUAAUUGACUACUUAGGGACUUAUUCGCGCAAAAUUAAAUAAAACUUCCUAAGUUUCGGCAAGCAUUUUUAUUAAUUAUUCGUUAUUAAUAACUUAUAAAUAUGUAGUUUAAGAUAUUUAAAUACCUAAAAUAAUAUUUAUAAUCCUACCGAUUUAGUGCAACAUUAUUGAUUAAAAAUUUUGCCUGGUAUUUUACUUCCUAAUCGCAAAACUCCUAACAAAAACAUCUAACAAAUCCCUGCCCGCAUAAAUCUUAAUCCGCUCUAAAAACCCAACUCCAAUAACGAAACUAAAAAUUAAUCCUCGCAAAAUUUAUGGCGGCUGCGUGGUCAUUACGAUGGGCAAUGUUUUUGGUUUGCAUCAAACGGUCCCGUUAGGCAGGUAGCCAACCCUUCCCUACCAUUACCAAGCCACGCCCUCUUCGCGACAGACGCCAUCAAGCAACCCUUCAUUCGUAGCUGUCACUUCGCGAUAGCCACAUCAUAUCUACUUGUCACGCUUCAUUUGUCUCAACUCUCAAAUCUAAGUUGGAAAUCGAUUCAAUCUAUAUUUGUUUCGAAUUAGAGUUCCCCGAUUGAUAUUUAUUUAAUCAGCGGAAAUGUCGAUGUCUUUAUGGACACCGUACGCAGACGAGGCGGCUCUGGACCUAACGAAAGCGGUACCGGUGAAGGCGGAGCGCGCCUCGCCGGUACCCGAGUACCGUUACCCGAGCCCUGUACCGCAGUACCCUUACUACGCUGCGCCACAGCUAUCACCAGCAUCUGGAAGCACCUGCUCAUACGAUGAAGCGUAUUUGAAUCGAGGAACGCUAUCGCCGCCGGAUUCACCAACGUCGGAGAGACUUAAGGAUUCGCUGUCAGAUGACCCGGAGUUCCAAGCAUUCGAGCGGGACGCGUUACGAGCGAUGGCGGAGAAAAACGGAGGCUCCCUAUUGGGUAAUAAUCCUAGAAUGCGUCGCGCUGUGCGCUCGACCAAUCAGAAUGCCGCUGACGACUCAUAUAGGUCUCAGCGUCAGAGAAAUAACUUCGCAGCGAAGCAGAGCAGAGACCGAAGGAAGUUGCGAGAGAUCCACCUAGCCUUGAAGGCUACGUACUUGGGUAACGAGGUGGCGAGGCUCAAGGCGCAGCUGGCUGGCCGGUGUUGUGGAAGAUGCCAGCAUCCCUGCGAAUGCUGAUUCUGUGACUUGAGUAAGUACCGAUUUACUGCCCCGUUUCAUUAAAAAAAUCAUGUGUCAAAAAGCGUGAAUAGGAUUCAUUUUUAAAUGUACGCGUUGUCAAAUAGCGAAAAGCGGCGGUGAAAGGGUUAAAAAUACUAAAUAAUAUAUGUUUAUUAUGAAAUUUUGAUGUAAAAAGUGCAAUUGUGAUUUUUUAUUUAUUUAAGUUUGUAAAUACCUAAAUAUGCCGAUUUUGUAUGAAUGAUUAAUGAAAUGAGUAGGCGCGACAUGCUCCUACCUAUUAACUUUCUACUACUCGAAUAAAAUUUUAGUUCGUAAGCCUGUGAAUGUAUUACACCUAAGUAAUACUUAAUUAUUCUUAGAUUUAGUUAUUUAACAAUAAAAUGUAUGUCACGAGA